AUGGAUCCUCUCGCGGCGGCGAGCGCUCUGGUCGCGGCGUUCCCGUGGCAGUUUCGCGCGUUCGUCUCCGCGCUGUGCUUCUAUCACCUCUCGGAGUACGGCAUCGCGUGGGCGUUCAACCGCGAGACGCUGAGCCGCGACAGCUGGCUCCUGUCCAGGCAGUACGUCGUCGCGAUGUCCGCCGGAUGCGUCGAGUAUUUCGUGGAGCUCGCGCUGUUCCCGGGGUUCAAGCGCGGAGACCUCGGGGCCCUCCGGUGGAUCGCGCGGAUAGGUCUCGCGAUGGUCGUCUGGGGCGACGCGCUGCGCAAGGCGGCCCAGAUCACCGCGCGCCACAACUUCACGCACCAGAUUCAGUUCUCGCGGCGGCCGACGCACAGGGUGGUAUCGCACGGGGUGUACGCGUGGUGCAGGCACCCGGGCUACCUCGGGUGGCUGACGUGGUCGGUGGGGACGCAGGUCAUGCUGAUGAAUCCAAUCUGCGCCGUUGGAUUCGCGGUGGCCUCGUGGAGGUUCUUCGCGACGCGGAUACCCUUCGAGGAGGGGCUUUUACGCCGCAUGUUCCCCGGGGAGUACGAGGCGUACGCGGCGAGGACGCGGACCUGGAUACCGGGCAUACCCUAG